GGGAACAGUCCCAGUACACUACGGCUUGGAGUUGACACAACAAUCUACUGACUUCUAAAAACGAUUGUGUUCUAAUAAAAAAAAAGUUAGCAAAAGAAUAUGACAAUUAUCUGACGUGCUAUUUAGUAGAACUUGUCAAUGUUUAGUUGAGGCAGAUUAUUUUCUAAAAAUGAAAAAAAAACGUAAAGAGUCUGCGAAAUCUCGCCAUGGGGUUGAUGGUUGUUACCCUGUGUAUCACGGUCCAGGAGUCGGAAUCAGCGGCGUGUCAUGGAUGUGCAGUAGGAUCCAGGUGUGACUGCAGCGGAGUGAAAGGAGUCAAGGGUGAAAGGGGGUUACCAGGACUACAGGGUCAGCUGGGUGUACCGGGGUUCCCCGGACCUGAGGGGCCCAUCGGUGGCAGGGGAGAGAAGGGUAGUGACGGACCUUCAGGGACUGGAGGUCCAAAAGGGAUAAGAGGACCUCCCGGACUGCCUGGAUUCCCCGGAACACCAGGAAUUCCAGGUCUGCCGGGACAGGAUGGCCCCCCAGGCCCCAAAGGAACUGCAGGCUGCAAUGGGACUAAGGGUGAGCGAGGAUUCCCAGGAAGUCCAGGCUUCCCCGGACUGGAGGGUCGAUUGGGUCCACCUGGUUUUCCAGGACAAAAGGGAGACCCAGGUGACAUCAUCAGAUCUGAACGUUUCGGACAGAUAGGAGAUACAGGUCUGCCUGGCCUGCCUGGAGUUCCUGGUGAACAAGGCCCCUCGGGAAUGUCCGGUCCUACCGGCCCUCCCGGCCCCAAAGGUUAUGAGGGUCGUCCCGGGCCUCCUGGUCUUCCUGGUCCAAAGGGAAACAUGGGGUUGAACUUCCAAGGUCCCAAAGGAGAUAAGGGUAAUUCAGGUCUGCAGGGACCUCCCGGACCACCAGGACAAGUUGGGGAGCAAACAAGACCCUCAGUGUCGAGUAUUCAGAAAGGAGAAACGGGUGAUCAAGGUUUACCUGGUCCACCUGGUGAUCCUGGUUAUCCUGGACCCCCUGGUUCGUCUGGUGGUUUGAAGGGAGAGAAAGGAGAAAACGGAGAAGCAGGCAAAAGGGGCAAACCGGGGAAAGAUGGAGACCCAGGUCCUGCUGGAUUCCCUGGUAGUAAGGGAGACUCAGGUGGGCCAGGUCUGCCAGGUCGGGAUGGUGACAGGGGUUCUAAAGGUGACCGUGGAUAUCCUGGACGCCCAGGCGUGCAGGUGAGCAAUGGCCCAUCUACAGUUGGUCCUAAAGGAGAAUCUGGGCGUCCUGGAGAGACGGGAAGGAAAGGAGACAGAGGACAGCCUGGUCUUUCAGGUCCUCCAGGUCAACCAGGGACCCCAGGUAUCGGAGGUGGAGGCCAGCCCGGUUUACCAGGCUACCCAGGAGAGAGGGGCCAGAAGGGAGACGAGGGCCAGCCAGCCAUCUCCAUCCCUGGGAACCCAGGACGAGGUGGCGCCCCUGGUCUGCAGGGACCUCCAGGACCUCCUGGGCCCCCAGGGGUCUCCAAUGGGGGUAUUAACUGUAUAGGAGGGGCCCCCGGGUUACCAGGACAACAAGGCAAUAUAGGAUUCCAAGGAGAGACCGGACAGAAAGGUGAGAAGGGAGACACCUGCGUUAACUGUUUCUCCAGAGGCAACAGUGUCCCUGGAGCACGAGGCCCUCCCGGACCUCCUGGGUUCCCAGGUGGACCUGGAGGACCAGGGGCUAAAGGUGACAGAGGAUUCCCAGGCGGCCCAGGGCCCUCAGGUUCUUCUGGUUUGCCCGGUCCCCAGGGUGCUCCUGGUUUCCCAGGAGAGAAGGGUGACCCAGGUGAGACUACCGCUGUGAAUGGGGUGAGCGGAGACAAGGGAGACACAGGGUUUCCAGGACCCGCUGGCCUGCCUGGUCUGGACGGAAGACCUGGUCGCGAUGGAGGUCCUGGAGCUCCUGGAGCCAAAGGAUCAUCUGGAUCUCUAUUAGUGAAGGGUGAGCGAGGACCUCCAGGUGAGCCCGGUUUGCAGGGUCUCCCAGGUGACAGGGGUGCCACCGGAUCCGCAGGCUUCGGCCCCCAGGGGCCCCCCGGAGAGAAGGGUGUCCAAGGUGUCUCAGGGAGAACAGGAACACCUGGAGCACCAGGAGGUAAAGGGGAGCCGGGUCAGACGGUAGCAGAGAAGGGCCUCCCAGGACCCCGAGGACAGGAUGGAGACCCCGGUCUACCUGGAAACCCAGGUAACCCCGGCGGGCCAGGACAGCCCGGUUUCCCCGGGUCACCAGGUCCCAAGGGUGAUCCCGGCCUCUCUGGCAUCGGACUGCCAGGACCCCCCGGAGCUAAAGGAUUCCCUGGCUCACCUGGUUUGCCAGGUGGUCCCGGAGGUCCAGGUAGACCAGGUGUGGACGGGUUCCCCGGACAGCCAGGUGCACCUGGAGCUAAGGGAGAGCCAGGCUUCGGGCUGUCAGGUCCCCAGGGCUCACCAGGCUUCCCCGGAGAUAAAGGAUUACCUGGACCCAAAGGAGACUCUGGUUUCCCUGGCAACCCCGGCUUGCCAGGACGAUCCGGCUUUGACGGCGGCCCUGGUGCCAAAGGUGACUCUGGUAUCCCUGGUAGAACCGGAGAUCGUGGCCCUCAAGGAUCACCCUCCAUCGGCUCUCAGGGUGUCCCCGGCCCUGUCGGACCCCCAGGACCUAUUGGUGCUCCAGGAUACUCAGGCAACAAUGGAGAGAAGGGAGACCCCGGUCUUCCUGGCCCAGGCAUUACAGGGUUGCCAGGAGACAGAGGAAGUCCCGGUUUCCCCGGCAGCCCCGGGGGAGUUGGACCUCAGGGUAACCCCGGUGGCCCUGGCCGCGAUGGAAUACCUGGCCUGCCUGGUGGUAAAGGAGACAUGGGUGUAAUGGGAACUCCUGGAUCUCUGGGAACCCCUGGCAACCCCGGAGGGCCCGGCUUCCCUGGACCUAAAGGUGACGAUGGUUUCCCAGGGCGACCAGGUGGAACCGGCAGUCCAGGUCUGAAAGGAGACAGGGGAGACCCCGGUCUCGUAGGACUCCCCGGGCCCAGCAACUCUCCCCCUUCAAUCAAGGGAGCCAAAGGAGAUGCAGGAGAACCAGGUUUGCGAGGUCAGCCGGGUCAGAAGGGUAUUUCCGGUCUCCCUGGAGACGCUGGUAUACCAGGACAGGAUGGAAGACCUGGGUUACCUGGACCUCAAGGUCCCAAAGGAGACAUGGGUAUCCCUGGAGGAUCAGGCUCACCAGGAAGCCAAGGACUUAAAGGCAACAUGGGAGAGAUGGGCUUCCCAGGACCCACAGGAGCGAAAGGAACUCCAGGUCAGCUAGGUCGGUCGGGCGUGCCCGGUAGUUCAGGAGCACCAGGGUUCCCCGGAGCUAAAGGAGACCCAGGUUCCCCCGGAUUUGGUGCCACAGGAGCUACAGGUCCCAAGGGUGAGCCUGGUCGGUCGGGAUUCCCCGGACAAAAUGGAGUGAAAGGAACUCCCGGAACACCAGGGCUUCCAGGGUUUCCCGGUGGCCCCGGAGCCAAAGGCGACCCCGGCCUCCCAGGAUUCCAAGGUUCUCCCGGUAUUCCCGGGCCUAAGGGUCUGGACGGUACCCCUGGUAACCCCGGUCUCGCCGGAGGCCCUGGGCGACCGGGAGAGAAUGGCCGUGCCGGAUCACCUGGGUUCCCAGGCGACAAGGGUCAGGCAGGUCGCGACGGAAUCCCUGGACCAGCGGGAGUCAAAGGAGACCAAGGUCUUUCUGGUUUCGGCGGCCCAGGUUCUCCUGGUCUCCCAGGGUCACCAGGUGCUAAGGGAGAUUUUGGCGCCCCUGGUCUUCCAGGUAACCCUGGGUUCCCUGGUCAGAAGGGAGAGAUGGGCUUCCCCGGCCAACCUGGGUCCCCCGGGAGCAUCGGGCCCCCUGGUGCCACAGGUGUGGCCCUCCAGGGGCCCAAGGGUAACAGUGGAUCCCCCGGCCCCCCUGGAAGAGGAGGUCCUCCUGGCCCGGAGGGUCCUCGUGGCCUUGGGGGCAGCGGAGGGACCAAAGGUGAGAAGGGAAUCCCUGGAUCUUCCGGAUCCCCUGGUUUCCCCGGAGCGAAGGGAGAAUUGGGAUUGCCCGGAUUCCCAGGUAUUCCUGGCCCUCCUGGUGGCAGCGGGCUGAAGGGAGACAUUGGACUUCCCGGCGUUCCCGGAUUCCCAGGACUAAAGGGAGAAUCUGGAAGCCCUGGAUCAUCCGGUCUGCCUGGAGAUCCUGGAGAUCCUGGUCCUGCUGGAAACCAAGGCGACCCAGGUGUCGCUGCGACCCCCAUCAUGCUGAAGGGAGAACGUGGCCCCCCUGGCCCUUCAGGUCUGCCAGGCAACCGUGGCUCCCAAGGACCCCCCGGACAGGAGGGACGCUCAGGUCAGCCCGGUCAACCAGGGGACCCCGGUCCUGAAGGACCCCCAGGAUUCAGUGGAGCCUUCGGCCGCAAGGGAGACUCUGGACCCGCCGGACAGCCAGGUCAGCGUGGGUACCCAGGUCCCACUGGUUCAGAUGGUCAGCAGGGCCCCCCAGGUAACCCCGGCUCAGCCUCUGUGACCCAUGGCUUCCUGAUCUCGAGACACAGCCAGGCUGAAUAUGUCCCUACCUGCCCCGAAGGGACCAGCCUCAUCUACGACGGGUUCUCUCUGCUCUACGUACAGGGCAAUGAGAGGGCACACGGACAGGACCUAGGUACUGCUGGUAGUUGCCUGCGUCGGUUCAGCACCAUGCCAUUCAUGUUCUGUAACAUCAACAACGUGUGUAACUUCGCCUCCCGUAACGACUACUCCUAUUGGCUGUCUACACCCAUGCCCAUGCCCAUGAGUAUGGCCCCCAUCACCGGAGAAGGCAUCAAACCUUUCAUCAGCAGGUGUGCAGUGUGUGAGGCCCCUGCCAUGGUGAUCGCUGUACACAGUCAAACCAUUCAGAUCCCCACCUGCCCCAGCUACUGGGAACCACUGUGGAUCGGAUACUCCUUCAUGAUGCACACCAGUGCAGGUGCUGAGGGCUCUGGUCAGGCUCUGGCCUCUCCUGGCUCCUGUCUAGAGGAGUUCCGGAGCUCUCCCUUCAUCGAGUGUCACGGCCGAGGGACCUGCAACUACUAUGGCAACACAUACAGCUUCUGGCUGGCCACUGUCGACCAAUCAGAAAUGUUCAGGAAGCCACAGUCAGAGACGCUGAAGGCAGGUAACCUAUCGACGCGCAUUAGCCGCUGUGUGGUCUGUAUGAAGAGGACGUAACAGCGCGGUGGCAACCGUUGCCGGGGACGACCUACAACGACGGCAGGCGGGCGGAGUGGGGGUGAUGUUGACGUCUCCGUGAGAACAAGGUGGAACUCCAAUGGUGCAUUGUCUUCCGGAAACAGCAACUUCAUUGGUGCUACUGUGCAACACAGCAAGAAAAGAAAAAAUGUUGAUAAAAUGAAUUUAUUUAAUCUUUCAUUCUUUUUACUUACCUCAAGUACGUCAAAAAGAAACACACAAAAUCCACAAAAGGUGCCAUGGUGAAUGUGUGACAAAAGUGCAUUUUGUUGAAAUUUUUUCUGUAUUUCGCAGAGAAUAUAUAUAUAUAUAUAUACAUAAAGUGUUAUCAAUAAUGGUAACACUUCAUUUUAAGGGGUCCUUAUUACAGUGUAAUUAAAUGUGUAAUUGCGCUGUAUCAAAUAUUGUAUUUAAUUGUAAUAACUCAUAGUUACACUGUAAUAACAACAUGUAACUGGUGAUCAUUUCAGUCUGUAAUUACAGGGGUGUAACAACAAAUGCUUGUUACCAUGCUUGUUACCAUGCUUGUUACCAUGCUUGUUACCAUGCUUACCAUGCUUGUUACCAUGCUUACCAUGCUUACCAUGCUUGUUACCAUGCUUGUUACCAUGCUUGUUACCAUGCUUACCAUGCUUGUUACCAUGCUUGUUACCAUGCUUACCAUGCUUGUUACCGUGCUUACCAUGCUUGUUACAAAUGGGAAAGUCUCGACCUAAUUCACCAAUAAGUGUUAACUGUCACAAGGUUGUAAUCUCUUCUGGACAGAUGUUCUGGGUCCAAGAUUACAAAGUAUGGAGGCUCAAUAGGCUCUAAUUACCUACCCGUGAAGGCGCACGCUUCAAAAUCUCCGCUCGUUGUUGUUAGCAGUUUCCCCCCAAAAAGUGUAUCAACUUGGUUGAGUUUCCAAAAAACAGAUCAGGUAUAGGACAACCUCACUGACUGGUGUCUACCAUAUGGGUGUCCAUACCGGAUUCUAAUAUAUAUUUUACUUACAAUGAUUGUGUAUGUUGUCCAUUAUGUGGGAGGAUAAACCCACAAGUACACCGUGGACUACAUAUAAUAUAAGUACAAGUACAAUGUAAUUACUGUUACAAAGGAUUUCAGAACGUUAAAAUGAAGUGUAUCUUGAUGGAUACUUACUUGUAAUUAACUUGUACUUAUAUAGUACAUUGCCCGACAGCUUGGACCUCAUUAUAACGCUUCUGGAAGCACCAUCAAAGUGAGAAAAUAAACACACUAGUACACAACAGAGUACAUGUAAUAUAUGUAUAAGUACAAUGUAAUUAUUUCUGCUAGCUAAUCCAACAAAUCUCAACAGAUUGCAUGGAAAGUCUAUUCCGUAGAUGGUAAAAAAAAACUAGCUAGCUAGCCUAGUUGGUAGGCCCAAUAAAAACAGCAUGCUAACAUUUGCUAGCUAGCUAGCUAGCCUAGUUGGUAGGCCCAAUAAAAACAGCAUGCUAACAUUUGCUAGCUAGCUAGCUAGCCUAGUUGGUAGGCCCAAUAAAAACGCCAGCUAACAUUUGCUAGCUAGCCAAUACAAGGCCAGCUAACUACCCAUGUUAAAUGUUCCUCAACAGCAAAACCCUUGCAAAGUUACAUGAUGGAAUAAGAGUUUGUCUUAUGACCAUUUUAAGUGCAUUUAUAAACCCUUAUUCAACCAAGCUUAAUAGGCUUUGGCACGAAUGACCAUAACUGUUUAUGUGUCUAAAAAUGUUUAAUUGAGGGUUAAAGUAAUUGACCAAUUGUCAAAUGCACCAUUAAAUAAUUUUUACUAUGUUUUUGAUGUGAACCAUUUGGGAACCCUUUGUUGCAGUUGGACCUGGGUAUCAGACUCCAGAUCUUUUUUUGCAGAGUUGUGUCAAUGUAGUGGUCGGUUUUUAAUUGGCUAACACUUAUCACGUGGUUUGUGCAGGCUGAAAUAUGGUGCGUUGGGAUACUUUCGGAAACUGUAACAUCUAUAACAAGCAUGGUAACAACCAUUUGUUGUUACACCCCUGUGUGUAACAACAAUUACCACCAGUUACAUAUUGUUAUCACAGUGUAACUAUAAGUUAGUUAUUACAAUUAACUACAAUAUUUGAUACAGUGUAAUUACAUAUGUGAUUACACUGUAAUAAGGACCCAUUAAAAUGAAAUGUUACCAAAAUAAUACAUGUGGAUUUUUGGUUAUUGGCACAGACGAGGUACAUAAUUUUGUUUUUAGACAGAUGUGCUAUUUUUUUAGUUUUUAGUAUUUUUAGUUUUGUUGUUACCAAAUCGGCACUUUGACCUCGGAACAUCAAAGAGAACAGAUGCACUGAUGAGCUUUCUUAGCGAGACUGAUUAUUUUCUAGGCUUACAUUUUUUUUAUGAAUCUUUCCAUUGUUCUUUUUUAUAAAAAAUAAAAAAUAAUAAUUCUCCUUGGUGCUAUUAACUAACACUGCUGUGUCUCUCCCAGCCUGUUAACUACUGGCCUUAUUUCUCUUCAUGUAAGUAAUUCAAUGUGUAUAUUAUGUAAGACAUAAAAUAGGUAUUUAGCUAUAAUACGAAUUUCUGGGUUAUUUUUGUUUGUUCACUCUGCUUCACUCAUUGCAUUGAUUCAUGGAUUCAUUAAUUCACUCAUUCACUCACAAAUAUUGUACAAAGUAUGGCAUCAAUAAAUGAAACAGUAUUAUAUAUAUAUAUAGAAAAAAAGUAUAAUUAUAUCAAUUUUAUUUAGAUACAGGCGUGAGAUUUUUUCAUCAUUCAUUUAUUUUAUCUCCAAAAGGUCGUCAUUUUUUUCCCAUUUCACAAAACUAUUGACUGUUGUCCUCCUCCUGACAACAAAAGUGUUUCCCGGUCAACCAAUCAAAGACCCUAUCCUAUGAUGAUGUACUGUGUAUGAUAAUGCCAAUCUCUCAAGCUUUUGUAUCCGAUUUUUACUAGUAAUCUAUCGUUGAAUGCAAUAAUAGGUUGAUAAUUAAAUCCACUCCACACCUUAAUAGAAAAUGACUCAAGUAAAAGUGAUAGUCACUCAAUAAAAUACU